CGGGCACCCGUUUUUGUGCACAGCAGAGAGCUCCAAAUUCGCGCUUUUUCUCCACACAACAACCUCCGCGUCAUGGCAGCCGACGAACGAAUGCCGCUGGUGGGGCCUGACGGCGCGGCGAAGGUAGCAGCGCCUCUACACCCUAACUCAAGGCCAAUAAGCCUUCGAGGCGGUGUCACGGUGCUUGUCGGAGCCACCUUGCUGUUCGUGGCGGCCUUGGCAAGCGCGCGUGCAUUCCCACGCGGCGUCAAGGGACGGGCAUCGCCGCCUUCUCCGUACAAGGGGUUGGAUGUCGACGAGAGCUCGGUGGAGGGGGCGGGGUUGAGGUUGGAUGAGAUUGACGGGACGACCUUGGCUCCAGUUCACGUAACGACCGCGGAGUGCACUGGGGACACGAGCAAACCGGCGGUGGAAGGGUUCGAUCUUGUGGCGUAUCGAUCCCUCCAACCCGGCACGCACGGGGUCCGCGGCUUGUGGGAGUUUUCGGUACAGUACGGCCAAGGAUAUACUUUCCUGUUUUCUACACUCGAAAACAAGCUAGAAUUUGAGAGCGAUCCAGAGAGAUAUCUCCCCGCUUGGGGCGGCUUCUGCGGCUUCGGAAUCAGCCACGAAGUUGUUUGGGGUCCCGACGUCCUCGGGCCACCUUCCAACCCCGAUUUCUGGUUGAUCGAGGAUGAUCGGCUGUACCUGUUCCGAAGCGAAACACCAUAUGGAAAGUUCAUGGACAACAAGGCGCGGUGCAUCAAGCACGGGAACCAAAUGUGGACAGAAUGGUUCGCGGGGAACCCGUCCAAUGAGGGAACGGUGAUGACCCCCUUCAACACCGCCUGCUUCUGCAGCGAAGAAACAUGCGCGGAUGGGUGACAAGACCAAACGAGUUUUAGAUGAGGGAAAAGCCUACCCUCCUUUUUUUUCUUGAAGUCCUCGCUCAACGUGUACCGUUCGAUUCGUUAGAUGGGCAUCAUUGCUAGCCGAACAUGUGGCGGAGAUUUGCGGGGACCGGAAGCAAAUGAUUGAGCGCGUCGGUUUGACACCUCGACGUUUGUAUCGGUUCAUAUUUACCAGUCGUGACAGUAGUUUCGGUGCAUGUGUCCGUCCGUGCACCCGCUUGUUAGUUUUUAUCCCUUCAUGUUUCUUGCAUUGUCGUGACCACCUUUUUUCCUUGCACUCACCCUUCGUUGUCGAUUCACGUUUCACUUGCCGUGCUUGUUUUAGGCCCCUCAUAUUAGUGGGCGUUUUUUUGUUUGGGUGGUGAAGGUAUUGUGUUUGAUUGGUACGGUGGUGUGCAUCACCUCAGUGCCUAGCCUGGGGGUGCGCUUUAUCUCUUGUGCCGGUGCGGACCAGCAAGUGCAAUGGCACUUGACACUGCUGUGGCUUUGGGUGGAGGUUGUUGAGUCUUGGUGCAUGACCUGCGGUUCGAUUUGGUGGUCUGUCGAAAAAGCGAGCAGCAAAGUUCGCUCGGAAGUGAUUUUGAUUGCUGUGUCUUGAAGGGGGUUAUGUUGUACAUGUUUUCACUUAUUUUUGAUGUUAUGCUCACUCUGUUUUCGCACACAUACGUGCGUGCGAGGAAGCGACAAAGGUACCACCUGCUGCUGCCGUCAGGAAGCGGAACCUGACGCUGUUGGUGCGUAUGGUAGAAGUAAAUGCUGUUAGCAGACGUUGCGUGUCUUGGAGGAAUUUCACCAAGUCUACGGGGGGGUGAUUUGACAACACAACGAGUGUUGUAGAUGAAAUCUGAUUCUUAGAAGCUC